UUCCAGCUAAAUCAGUGCCACGCUCCUCCAACGUCCAAGGUUGAUAAUUAGCCCUAUAAUUAUCAGAAAAUUCAGCUUUUCUUUUUAUUGGAGAAAUGAGUGUGGUAGUGUAACUGCGUCGGAAUUAACCUGUCAACAUAAUGUAGCUGAAAGUGGUCGGAGUGUGGGUUUUUUAGGUUUGCUUUAACUAGAGAAUAAGGAGUUAGUGAUAGUAACGAUAACUAAGUUCUAAAACUGGCAGUGACUACUGUAGAACUAGCUUACAUUUACUAACGGUUUACUCUCAACGUUACUCUAACAGCGACGAACCGUGAAGUGAGCUGUUUAACCGUUUUCUAAACCCCCAGAACCCUGUUUACUGAUGGCGGUUUGUUGUGGUGUGUGUGCCAUGGUGACACAGGGGUGGGUCUUUUCUCCUCUUUAGUUUUGCUGUUUUCAAGGCAACCGACCCAUGCUGUGAAAUCUGCCCAUCAUGAAAUCCCUCAAGUCUUCUUGGUCAUCUCAUCUCCAGUAUCGACCCAUUACUGUGUUUGUACGAGGUAUUGCAUCCAAAUGCUUCCUGUUCCUCAGCACUGAAGAGUAAUCACUGAGUCUGUAGCUGUUACCUCUGGACUGCCACCAGCUCAAUGACUUCUACCGCAAUUUGUAAACUUCCUCCACCAUGGUUUUGAAAGUGGCUACAGAGCCAAAGAAACUAAAAAAGAUGCUAAAGGUUCCCAGGCCUGGCUGAAACAGUAACUGAAGUCAAAACAAAGAACUGAGGGAGGCUGCAAGGUGAAUGGAAACAAGACAGAACACCACAGCAGGGGUUCUGUUCUGGACCCCUGCCCCGGUCCACUCCUCACCUAAUAGCACUGCUAUAUCAGAGGAUGAGUGGGAUGAAGAGGAUGAAGAACAGGCAGAAGAAGAGGAUGACGUUUUUAGUCAAAUGGAUGAGAAUGGUAUCAUUGGACUGUCAGAGGCACUUGAAAAUGUGGAAUUGGAGGAAUGCAAUUCAGAUGGGUGCCCUGGAUCCCUCACCCCAGAGGAGGCAGAUUAUAGUGUGGCUGAGAGGGACACACCGUCUGAGGAGAUGAUCUACAAGCUGAGUAAGCAUCUGUCGCACCAUAAACCAACAGAAGAAGAUACAGGAAAACUGUCAUCCUAUGAGUUAAAAACGUGGUCAGAGGAUAUGGAGGUGAGGCGGAGAAUGGAGGAGCAGGUAGCAGAGCAUCUUUCUGAGUGGAACAAACACCACGACACGACGAAUGAUGACAAAGAUGGAGAAGAGAGAGGGAGGAGUGAUUGGAGUAAAAAGAAAUUUGAGCACACUAGAACAUCAGGGGAGCUUGGAAGAAAGCUGGCAGGACUCGCUGAAGGAUAUCGUGAUAAAGAAGAGAAAAAAGAGAUCAGCUCAGGACAAUCUUCUAGCGUUCAGCUGUAUGCUGUGGACAGUGUCUCCUGUCCAGCCUCCCGUUCUGCCUUACCCAUUGCCGCUUCCAUUUUGCCCCAUCGUCUGCAUUUCACUGCCGAGGAAUUAAAUACUGCCCCAGGAAUUGAAGCUGAAACCUUUCCAGAAAUAAGCUUUACAGAAAGUUUUCAAGAGUCUAACAGUAGCCACGUGAGCCUCAACUCCAGUCCUCGCUGUCCCGAGAUAAAGCUCAGGGCUUCACCUCAGCCAGCAGCAUUGUUUUCUGAACAGGUCAUCUCAAAUCAUUACAGGAGAUUAAGUAAUGGCCCUGGAAAAGAAUCAGGAAAGAGAGAUAAGGAGCAUAGUCACCCCACUCCCACACCAAGAAAGAUAAGGAAGCACUCUCCUGAGGCUGCAUAUUCAAGAACUCAUUCCCCCGGCACAGUCAGGCCCAACAAACAACAGAACACACGUCGUGACAGGGACGUGGUAACGCCUAGAACCAGGAGCAAUGCUGUUGCAGAGGACGAAUCUAGAAAGGGGCCUCUGAGUUACCACACACCAGACUUCUCGAAGGUCGAACCCAGAGUUCAUUUUCCCAAAGGCGGUUACAAGCCCCCCAAGAGCAGGUCCUCGUUAACGAGGAAGUCCUUAUCACCCGAGCCACCUAUAGUCUUCAAAUCCCCUGCUGAUAUAGUGAAAGAAGUCCUACUGAACACCGCUGGUGAAUCUCCUACCUCGCCAGAUUCUGACAGACAGGCAACCAGUGCAAUCAACGCUAUUGUGCCUCAGGAGUUCAGAUGCCACCAGCAGGCCACCACACUGGUCAAUCAGCUUCAGGAAGACUACGACAGACUGCUGACUAAGUACGCUGAGGCAGAGAACACCAUUGAUCGUCUGCGUCUGGAAGCCAAGGACAGAAAUUUAGAGAAUCAGCAUCCCAGGUCCAGGCAGGCUCAGCGCAUCAUAGACAGAGCAGUUAACCUGUACUCUGACCCACCAAAUCCUGGCCACUGCGUGCAAUCAGGACUAAACUGCGGUGCUUCAAAGUUGCUAAAAUUUGAUUUUCCUCGGGCUCAGAAACCCACGACAGAUCAGGGAAGUUCAGCUACCGGUCCUACCGAACCAGGCUCUAAGCUUGGACAGCAGCUAGCCAAUAUUCUGUUCAGCCAGGCCGAAACAUUUCUGCAGCAGCUGCAGACGUUUAAGGAUCUCCUUAAAAGCAAAAAACUUCAACCUUUUGAACAAACUGAGGGUAUGGCUCAGCUUGCCGAGGGGCUCGAAUCUUUGGAGAGGGGAUACUUGUUGGCGAGGGAUGAGCACAAACUCCUGCAGCAGCGAGGCAUAGAAAUCAGCCAGUUUGACCCAGAACGGGAGUUAGAGGGGCUGAUCUUUCAGUGUGGGCUGCGUACGGACGAGCUGAAGGAGCAGGUGGAACAGAUGCAACCGGAUCAGCCCACCUGGAUUACUCCUCCCUCUCCACCUCCUCAACCAACCACACCAUCUGCCCUCUCUGUGGAUGUUGUAACCUUCACUCACCCACAGGUCCUGCCUGUGCCUCUGCUCUCUGGGGCAGCGGAAGCAGAAGUGAGCUCAGCCUGUAAAGAGAACGAUGAAGAGAAGUCCGAGGGAGAGGAUGAAGAAACUCUCUACCUCAAUCCUCUGAAGGGCAAAAUUAAAAGUGUUGCAGAGGACUUUACCAUGGCAGUGAAUCACUACCGAAGCAUCAAGGAGCUUCCCAAACUUCUAGAGCGUAGCCUGAAUGAAGCAGUUCUCUCCUCUCCUGCUUUAAGAACUAACAUGCAGUCUGAACACAAGGACAGACAGGAAACUGGAAACAAUGAAGUCUGGAAAACUCUCUCUCAGAGGAAUGCACAAUCAGACCAUCAGGGCUAUUCUUCUGACGUGAACAAACAGCAAAACAGCAGGUCCAGUCCUCGCCCGGCCUCCAGCCGGCUCAUGAUGUUUCCUGUUUUUCGUCAGAGUAACAUAAAGAAGGUAGAGGUGGGAAAGUCUCACAGCAGCAGUCUGAGUAGCCUCGGAGAUGUAAAAGUGUCAGAGGUGAGGAGCUCCGAGGUUCAGGCUGGGGGCAGGAGAGUGUUUUCUCAGGAUGGUAUCAUCUCUCCAGAGACAGACAGCGGGUUUGUUGGUUCAGAGAGCAGCCGUCUAACUCCUGCAACUUCCAGUCCUCUCCACCAGAGGGCAUUAGAGAGCGGUGUUCCAGUGCCUCAGGAAGGAAGCACGAGUCUUCAGACAGGCCGAGUCUUUGCACCAUCUCAUUUUUCCUCACCGUUGCACAGUCAUACAGCUAAAGACCUGAUUAUGAGCUCCCGACUUAGCCUCAGCCUCGACCAACCACAGAGAUGCAGAAGGGCAGUGAGAAGACGCACCUCCUCCUGCUCUCCAAAGCGCUGUGUCAAUCUGAGACAACAAAGGGUGGCGAGUGGCAGCAGUGAGUUUGGACUUGAAAGUGACGGCACUCGCAUUGACUCUGAAGGUGAAAAGACUGACCAGUACAGCAAAUCUAUCAAUUUCCUCGACAGCUCACACUCAAGCUCUUCCACCACUACUCAGCACCACCUUUGCGAUUCUCCACGAGCAAGGAGUUCCAGUCAGAACUGCAUUGAUGCAGUCCAGAUACUGCAGGCUGAGGUAACCAAACUGAAGGAGAGACUAGAAGAUAGUCUGAGAAACAAGAAGCCUAUCAGCUCUAUUAGAUCAGCUCCAUCAACUCAGGAUAACAGCUCUAAUCAAAGCUCCUCUUCAUCUUGCUUCAGGUCUAGAGAGCAGCGGAGUGAUGUCAGUGCAGGGAAAAGAGAAACACAGAUGGUGGACGAGGUUGCGGAGGAGUCCACACAGAGACGAAUAGCCAGGAGAAAAUCUGCUAUAAACCAACAAAAGCCACAACAUGAUUACUUGACAAGAUCGGCGCUGCAGCCCUGUGCACCACAGCCUCAGGUGUCCAGAUGCACUCAAACAUCUGCAGCACUAGACAGCUGCUCUUCCCACACAACUACUGUCUACAGCAGGCGAACACAGCACAGGAAGCAUCCUGUUGUUUCUGUGUCUGAAAAAGGAGAUGAACCUGACAGCAGAAGAAGUCAAGCUCCUGUUUGUUCUCAGUGUUUGUCAUUUCACAGAGCAUCCCCUGAACGACCAGCUGGUGGCGGUAGAGAGAUGCUCCAUUCCUCCACUUGCUGCCAUCAAUGUCCUCUCUGCGGACGCCUCGAAUCAUACAAAGUCAUUAAGCCAGACAGUCACAGACUCUCCGACACUUCCACACACAUAAAGUACCAGCCAGCCCAGUCCCCUGAUGGAGCAGUGGGGAGCAGGUUCUUUGCAUCUGCAGCUCCACCUGCACUGCUGCAGUGCAUGCCAGUGUGCCCUCCACCACUCCUGUUGUACUCGUCCCCCCUCUACGUCUCUCCUAACAGAACUCCGAUGUCUGCCGAGGUCACUGGUCCUGGGGAGGUGAGGAGGAGGACGAAAAGACGCUCACUGUCUGUUGACAGGGAGCGCUCGUUGGACAGCUCACUGAACAAAGCCAUCAGAGCAGCUCGACACAUGAAACACACCUCCAGGCACAUGGCUGGCUCGUUGGCAUCUGGACUGCAGUACCAGGAGCUGCUCACUCAGUCCUGCAGCUACUAGUGUGAACUGUCAUCACAGGCACUAAGACUGAGAGUCAUUAACUCAAAAGCAGCUGCAGAACGAGGCACGAGCCAAAAGAACUGAGUCGGACCAAAGUGAAUAUCUCAAAUCCUCUUUGUAAGUUUUCUUUGCUGAUGUUUUCAAAGAUAGUUCUCUCCCCCGCCCUGCUCAGGUGGCCAAAGCGUGUAUUUUUAUCUGCUGGUAAACAUUACAAUAACUCUGUUUACACUAUUAUGUCUUAUAGAUCAUAUUUAUUUUCAAACCUAUGACGUACUACAGAGACCUGUAUAUUCUCAUGAAUUAGUUCUGCACUUUGAGCCAUUUCUUGAUCAUGUGACACUAGUUUUCAGAAAUCUGAAAUUAACCUCAGUCUUAUUUUAGUCGCUGUAGAAAUUCAUUUUCUGAUGAUGUAGAAACUCUUUCUGCUGUAAAUGAAAUGCACUCAUGAGCCAUGAGCUCAGUUUUAGAUGGUCAUUCUUCAAACCAUAAUCAUUUGAUGUACCAAGGGCCUCAGAUGCUGGAUAUCAAAGGUUUUUUGUCUGUAUAGAUGAUAUAUUUUAAAAUGCGAUGUUCUAGAUAUGCUUUUUGUACUUUGUUUUUUUAUUUAUUGCUCAUUUGUGCCGAUGUCGAUCCAACGUCAUUUUCACUACUCUGUAAUGAAAAAAAAAAAAGAAUGACUGUGUGU